UGGUCUGAAUGGGUAUUGAUCGGUCACUUGCAAAGGUUAUAUGCGGCGGACUAAUACGGGCCUAGGUCUCUGAUGCAGUUGAGGAUCAGGUCGUGUACGUCGCCAACGAUAACGUGCAGUGGUAGCAGCUGUGCUGAACCAAGAUCAGAUUUGCCUCUACCAAAUCGCUGCUUGAUUUGCCCAUCGCCACGCGAGAGAGUGUUAUGAACAGGCUCGGCCUCCCGAGGUACUUACUAGAGCAGACGUAUCUAGAGUCGAACGGCUUUGUCGGACAUGAUGUCCAGCAUAAUUCAGAGGGGCAGCUGCAUGCCUACAUGCACUGGUGUCGAUUUAUUGUCAAACAGACGUUCGAAAGUCUGGCCCCGAAGAGGACCUUCACUCCUUACGUUUCGCACAAUGGCAAAAGUGAUGGUGACGCCAGCGUAUACCCCGAUCUGCAUGGACCACAGACUAUCCAAUACGGCUGGGAAUGGCACAAGAUGUGGUUUUUUGCUCGCUGGGAAUUAUCAGGCGCAAGAACAUUCGUGUGUUUCAAUCUACCGCCACGCACGUCCGAAUACAUUCAAGCAGAGCUCGUCCACCGGAACGUUCACGACCUGUCGUAUCAAGAUUCGCCAUACUGCACUCUAGCCAUUGUCGUGGAGGGCGUCAUGCGGGUAUAUAACGAAUCCGUGUGGUCGAUCCGGAAUCUAGUCAGUCAACGCGAGGCAGUGAGUCGUUCAUCACAAGUAAGUCGUCUGCGGCUCGAGCUGACCGUGACAGAGAAGAGCUCACGACGUCGACUACGCCAUCCUGCAUGAGAUCGCGCGGCAUAGCACGCAUGUUGCCGAGACGUUGACCGUAGCGACGCGGACCGUCGAUUCAAUCUGUUCACAACACUCACGAUCCCGCCUCUGGCUUCGUAAUUUCAGCGACUCGCCUCGCGAUAUUGGAAAGACUUCUGACGUCUGGGACGGCAUCAAAGAG